AUGGAUUCUUGUGGAAUUUUGUCAAUGAAUGUAAUGCAAAGAGACAUAAUUGUGGUUGAAUUGCCAGUGCAAGACCACAGGCUACCCAUGUCAAACUUUGACUUUCUUCUUCCGCCAUUAGAUGUUGGAGUUUUUUUCUGCUACAAGGAAUCUCUUCCCCACGAAGAGAGCGUGAAAAUAAUAAAAAAAUCAUUGGCUCUAGUACUAGUUCCGUUUUACCCGUUUGUUGGGGAAGUUGUCCAAAACAACAAUGGUGAGCCUGAGCUCCUCUGUAAUAACCGUGGUGUGGAUUUCAUUCAUGCCUAUGUUGAUAUGGAGCUUAAGAACAUCGAUUUCUAUCACCCAGACGAAUCUGUAGGGGGGAAACUUGUUCCACUUAAAAAACAAGGGGUUCUUUCUGUUCAGGAAGUCACAGAGCUUAACUGUGGAGGUUUGGUAAUUGGAUGCACAUUUGAUCAUCGAAUAGCUGAUGCGUACUCGAUAAACAUGUUCUUUAUUGCAUGGGUUGAAAUUCCUCACUCGAAAAAAAAUUCUUGUGUUCCAUCUUUUAGACGUUCAGUUUUUAACCCGAGACGCCCACCAGUCAUGAACACCUUCGACAACACCCUAUUUGUUCCUUUAUCAUCCAUCCCCCCACCAAGGUCUUACUUUCCAGCUGAUCCUCUCAUAAGUCGCAUAUACUACAUCCAUAAAAAAGAUAUAAAUCACCUUCAAUCGAUUUCAAGUUUCAAUGGAAACCCUAAAAGAACCAAGCUUGUAUCGUUUAUUGCCUUUCUAUGGAAGAUAAUAGCAGAGUCUGAUGAUGACUUUACCACAUGUAAGAUGGGCGUUGUAGUUGAUGGGAGAGAAAGGCUAAAUACCAACUCUUUUUCAAUGCAAAACUACUUUGGAAAUGUUCUCUCUGUUCCUUAUGGUGAGGCGAAGUCUGGGGAGCUUAAGGAAAUGCCACUCAGUCGAGUCGCUGACAUGGUCCAUGAGUUUAUGAGUCCGGCAAUGACUGAGGAACACUUUAGGGGACUAAUUGAUAUGGUUGAGUUGCAUCGACCUAAGCCACUAGUUGCAAGGAUAUACACUAAAAUGGAAGAGAAUGAUGGUGAAGGCUUAGUCGUGUCAUCUGGUCAACGGUUUCCUGUGGAAAACAUUGAUUUUGGAUGGGGUAAGCCAAAUUUUGGGUCGUAUUAUUUUCCAUGGGAUGGGCAAACUGGAUAUGUAAUGCCGAUGCCAAGUGCAAGGAAGAAUGGAGAUUGGAUAGUUUAUAUGCAUUUACCCCAAAAGCAUUUAGACUUGGUGGAAACCAAUGGAAGAAAGGUUUUCAAACCGUUAACUCCAUUAUACCUCGAUUUGUGA